AUGUCCUCCCUCAUCGCCCGCUCCGCGUUCAGCGGGAAAACUGCCGGUCAACUCAACAACGUCAGCCUCGAGCUCGCCGAGCAGGUGGUCCAGAACGUUGACGGGCCCAUCUCCUCCGAACCUGCGCCGGCCAACGCCGGAUACUGCUCCGCGAAGCUCUCCCAGCCCGCUUUCGCACCCCGCGAGUCGACGACCUUGUCCCGCCCCUUCGCGAUCCUCGUCGACGACGGCUUCGACCGCGCGCAAGUCGACGGCAUCCGCGCCGCGCUCAACGCCGGGAUGGCACACCACGGGCCGUACCGCCACGACGAGGGUUGGUGGAGCACGCUGUUCGACGCGCUCGUCUUCCUGCGCGGCGCGGCGCACUAA